CAAAAGACACACGCGUUCUUGUCGAAAAUAAAAUUCAAGCAAUUGAAAUAAUAGCACAACUUAUAUUUGCUACAAAGAAAUAAAAAGCUGCAGAAUAUUGAGCACAGCUACAAUAAAAUAACGGUUAUUCAAAGCACAAGUGUGACGACAGUGACGACGAAUGUUAAUAAAUGUGGUGCAAAGGCAAAGAGCAGCAGCCAAUCAAUAAAGCACUCAAUGCCAAGCUUGUGAAAAGAAAAUAGCCUCGCAAAUAUUCAAGGCAUGUCGCCCACAAUACGGGGCCACAGAAGCAGAGGAAAAAGUGCGAUAAUGUUUAUUUGUUUUUAGUGUUGAGUGCUAUGUAUAAGUUGCAUUAAGCUGCCACGCUAGUUGGCACACUUUGUACCCAGCAAAUCGAUAGUGUUCUUAUUAUGAAACACCUGCGCGACGACCACGACCACGACCAAGAGCAAAAGUGACCUCUGUAAUGCAGCAUGGGUCAGUGAUAAGCAGUGCAAAUCAAUAGAAUACAGUGCAAAUGCAAAAGAGAAAAAACUUUUUAGAUCAACCUUAGCCAAAAGAGAAACUUUUGGUUAGCUAUGCACUAUCAACGCUCUUCCUUAUAAGUACAUCAGAGCCUUUGUGAUUAUAUGCCGACUUCAAUAUGUGGACUAAAAGAAACGUAGCACAGCAAUCCCUUUGGGCUUUGGCAGUUAUUUUGGCAUUGGCAAAAUUCACUAUGGCCGACAAUUGUUUUCCAACCAUAUUUGGAUUUCUAACUUUCGUAUGGAUUCCAACAGCCUCAGCCGAAUGUCAAACCCGUUCGAUUUACUGUUAUGAGUGCGACUCCUGGACAGACGCACGCUGCAAGGAUCCCUUCAACUACACGGCGCUGCCACGCGAUCAACCUCCGCUUAUGACUUGCAACGGCUGCUGUGUGAAAAUGGUGCGACAUCAGAGAUCACCUUACGAGGUGGUGAGACGCAUGUGUACGUCACAGUUACAAAUCAAUUUAUUCAUGGUCGAUCACGUGUGCAUGAUGGAAAGUUCAGGCAAUGGACAUAUGUGCUUUUGUGAGGAAGAUAUGUGCAAUUCUAGUAAAAGUUUAUAUCCAAACAGUUAUCAGCAUCUCAUACUACUCAUCACCAUGUCAUGGCUCCUUAAACAGUUGGUGCAUAGCUAGAAUGUAGAAGCAAUCAAAGGGUGCAGGGCGACAAACAAACAAACAAACAAUCAAACAACAACACACACACACACAUUUAAAGUCCAAAACACACACAGAACCACACACACUAACAUAGUAACUACUAACUCCAUCAGCUCUUGAGCUGUAGUUUGAUUUGUAGUGAAAUUUUUAAUAUCUUAAGUUGAACAUCUCAAGCAAUGUAAAUGACGUUCGACCUGCAAAUAGACUGCACAUUAUUGCAAAUUAUUCGAAAUGAUGAUGAAAUGAAAAGCAAAGGCAAAAGACGGCCGUAAUGGCAGCACGUAACUUCUAUAGAACCGAAUGUGUUGCAUAGCACCAAUUAUCGAUACUAUCGAUAAGAAUUCGUUAACAAUCAAAUACGCGCUUGUUGCACUUAACACUUAACUUAACUUAACUUAACUCUCUCGUACUAGUACUUGGAAUGUUUAAUAAUUGAGCUACAGAUACUACAUCAAUACGAAACUAUUUGAAAUGCAUGUUGUUAAAUGCUAAAGCAUGUAGCGCUUAAGUAGGCUAUAUCGUAAACGUAAAUCGUAAUCGUAAUCGUAUUUGUAGUUACAUUUCGUUUUUGUUACUUACAUUUAUAGACGAUAUUAUCGAUACUAACAUAUGUAUAUGUAUGUACCAUAAGUAGGUAAUUAUUUUGGUUUUAUAUAUAUACAUAUGUGUACGUAUGUAUAUAUAUGUUAUCAGAUAAGCAGAGCGUUUUCCCCGAAUCGGAACACACACACACAAAAAGGAAAUAAGUAUUGUGCAAAUGAACAAGUCUGAAGAUUGCUUGUCAAUUGCCGCAUUAACUCAAUGAAUAUGAAAAGUUUGCUCAUCUUGUUUAUUCCAAAGUUAAGAACUUCAUGUUACAACUGUUUCUACUUAUUAUAUAAUUACACAUAUGCCUAGCUCUUAAGCUUAAUUCUUUGUCCAAAUCAUAUCACAAUUACUUAGUAUUUAAAGCGAGUAGUUGCUUAGUUUCAUAAUCGAACUGUAUAAAGAAUCAUGUUUAAUUGUUUCAUGCUCUCUAUUCAGUUGUCUUUCAACAAAAAGUGAUAAAUUAGCCAUUAAGUAGACCAGCCCCAUAACACAGAAUCAAUGCUAUAGAUAACUACAUACAUACAUAUAUAACUUUCAUUGAAAAUCAAUGGUCCGCUUCAAGUAAUCGACCAAUUGAAUUUUUUGAUUUUAACAAACAAACUUUGAAUGAAACUGUGUAGCGGGUUUUAGAGUUGGCCACCCCCCACCCCACUGCCAACUAUAGAGUUAUAAUUUGUUAUUUGUGCUAGUGAUAGUUGUAAAGAACAACAACAAAUGAGAAAUAAUUUUUGUAAUGUAGCUUUUGGUUUUCCAUAAUUGACAAACUUGAAUUUUGUAUAUUAGACAUAAAACGUUUUCAUUUAUGUAAUUGCAAAUUGGCUUUUCAAAAAUAAACAUUUUUACAAAACAUACUAUAUCCAUAUUACAUACCUUUACAUACAUACUACAAUAUAUUGCUAAAUAUUUUUAUCUGCUCACCUUAUUUUCUCCACUGCACCUUAACACUUUCCACUUUGUAAAAUACGUAACAUAUUAGCUCAAAAUUACACACACAAUAUUUGCCUUGUAAAAACAAAAACAAAACCAAACAUAAAAUCAAUUUCAAUAGAACACGAGAACAUGCUUUAAAGUUUAAACAAUUCUCACCUCCGUCCAAAUGUGGCGCAUGUUCUUUAACCACACAUACAUAGUUAUAUUUAUACAAACAUUCACUUACAUACAUAUGUAAGUUAUGUCUUUUACAUCCGCGUAGUCUUCUCCAAGGUAAGUAUGUAUACCAAGUACAGUUGCGUUACUUUUGCUUAGUUCGCUGGCGUUUUGUUUGCACCAGGCUCAAAGUGCAGGACCAGGCCUAACUUACUAACUUACUACUAACUAACUAGUUAACUAGAUAAUCCCACACACCUACACUUUAGUAACCGAAUCCCAACUAAUGAAAAUAGAAACCUACACGCUCCCUUUUCCCACAAAGUUUUGAUACCGUUCUUUUAUUUCCUUAAUUUUGUUAAGUAUGUUAGUUUAGUUUUUGUUUGAGUUUCAUAAAUAUGUUCUUGGUAUGUUGGUUUGUUUGACUAAUACAAUAUACACUCUAUAUAAAUAUUCAACAUAUAAACAAUUUCGGUUUUGUGAAUGUAAACAAUAUUCUUAUAACCAGUAUUUAAUUGAAAGUUAAUGCGU